CGGAUUUUCCUCUUCUUCUUCUUUCUUUCCUUUCUUCCCCUCUUCAAUCCUCUCUUUACUCUUUCUUCAUCUCUCGCUCUCCCAACUGGCUGUUUAAAGCUCAUUCCCUUCUCUAAUAUCCCCUCCUCCUCUUCUCCCGCUCCCGUCUUUCCUUUUCUUCUUCAUUCCUCUUCUCUCUCCACUCUUAUCGUCCCCGGUCUUUCGUCAUAUUCUCACCAAUUGCCUCGUCCCUCCCCACGCUUGUCCAGUGAAAAAAAAAAAGGAUAUAAUAAUUCCUUUUCUCCUGCUUCUUUUCCGUCAUCAAUCGAAUACUUACCCACAAACAACCCCGUCUCUGCUGUGAUACUUACUCGUCAUUAUCGCUGGGUUUAAAAUCGAACCCUCCGGAUUGAGCCAAACCCCGGGUGUUCGGUGUGCCCUCCAAUCGUUGCGGCCAGUUCUUCUGCCGGUAGCUGCUCCUCGCCCGAUUUGGUUCUCGUCGUAACGCCGCCAUGCCGACAUCUUCCAACACCUCCUCCCCUGUCAAGCGCCCGGGCCUGGCCCGCCGUGCUGUCUCCUCCCACGCUGUCGUCACACGCUCCUCCUCUUCCCAGGGUGACUUGUCUCUCUCUAACUCCUCUCACACCCAAAGGACCCUCCAUCGACCUCAUCGACCGCACGUUGUCGGUGGCCAUCGCUCCCACGGUCGCAACCCCUCAUUUGGCAAGAACCUGAAUAAAUUACAUCAGCGCAAGAAAUCGGCCCCCGUAACGCCCGCAGCGAGUCCACCCCGUGGCAGUCAUAAUCACGUUCGCUGGGAUGGAGCAGUGGAUGGAACAAAUAACACUACCGCAUCUAUGAGGAAGAACUACUCGAGCCCUGCUCUUCGGCGGAAUACGUCCACCGGUGUUAUAACGAAAAAAGCUCUGGUGACGGACCGCCCCCAAACUGGCGCGGGAAAGAAGAAGUCGGUGGGGUUUGAACUGGUAGAUUCAGACAACGACGACGGUGACUGGGAGGACACAACUCAGUCGCCGGAGAGUACGAGACGGGGUUCCGUCGUCCAGUCCAAAGACAGCGAGGAGAAUCAGGAAGUGCUAGUCGACCCGCUUACAUUUGUGAAGCGGUCUUAUCCUCAGUUUCCUCGAGCGACUAGCCUCCCAGAAUCUACCAGUAGGAGCUUCCAUGACGACGAUUCGUCCGAAGAGGACCACGACCACGACAGCGAUCACAAUCCACAGCCUCAACAAUCGUCUGACUCCGACGAGCAUCGUGGGGAUACAGAACGCACUUCUGACCACAGCGACAUUGCUUCUCGUCUCCUCAGCCCGUCACACUCUGCCAAAGCCCCUCCAGCCAUGUCUUCGAUCUCCGCCACCGCUGCUCCCGCUCCAGUGGAUACUAUAUCAAGAAAUGCUUCUCUAACCAACCUUGCCUCCGGUCAUGAUAGCCUGCGACGACCUCUUUCCUCAGCUAAUGUUGCACAAGCGCUCAUUCCGGGAAGUCAAACACACGCAACUUCGUCCUCCAUCGAGGGUGGCGUAUCAAGAUUUAUUAAAACUGGCACUUCCAGAACCGACUCCGACCCAAAUACGCCGUCGUCAUUCCUACCCCACUACCAUCCUCAAACACCUCCUUCCCCUAAGAGGGGUACAACCUCAAGAAAGUCCAAAGCGUCUCCCCCUUCCCGCCCGCCUGGAACGGAGCCUCAUUCUCGUACCCAGCAGAAGCUUUGGUUGCAGCGAACAGCUGCGUUGAACACUUCUCCCCCUGAUUCCCAUGGAGUGCCGGCAAGUGCUUCUCCAUCUGCAAUGGAUCCGACCUAUAUCAGUGGCACACCUAGGACGGGCUCGGGUCCGUUCGACGCCGCGAGAGCCCUUAUGAAUGGAGCUUCAAGAAAUGGCGGGGUGAUGCACCAGCAUGAGACGAAACAUAUCCGCAAAGCAUACGAGAAGACUGCGAUGGAGCUCACAGUGGUGCGGAGGUUCCAGUCGCCCACAGGUGAUAGCCUGAAUCGCCUGAACGCCAUUCUUAAGAACACUAAAGCUUCCAACCCCAACCCCGAGUCACGCGGCGCACUGAUCCACUCCGCUAUGUCAGCGCCGGCUUUAUUUCUUCUCCAGGAUGGAAAACGCCAGACGGGAGAAAGCGAAAACGUUAAUACAUCUGAAUCUCGGCAACUCGUGAGCAGACGACAACCUGACAUGCAGGGCUCGGUUUCCCAAACAUAUUUCCAAGACCCUGAAGACCUUGUGAAUGAUUCCGCUGAUUCAACAGCUCAACAUCAAGGAUCUCAGCACCCAUCCCAACGCCUCCUAUCAACAUCAGACGAAGCUGCACCCGGCAAUUCUACAGUUGAUGAAGAGCCCGAGGUUUCGCUCCUGCCAAACGAAGCAGAAAUGAUGAUUCGUCGCAUGUGGGAAAGUCGUGAGGUCGCAACAUCAGGUUGAAUGUACAACAGACACCCAUAACCUUCUCUUCCUGAAUCGUUGUGAUUGAGAUUCCUUCUUUCUCUUCUUUCUUCACAUGAUUUCCUCUUAUUUCUGUUUUCAAUCCCAAGCUUAUGCUAUGCCACUUUCUC